AUGGGUCAAGAUGGGUCGCCGGCGCAUAAAAGACCCUCGGGAAGCGGCGGAGGACUUCCGACAUCAACGGUAGCGAACGGCGGAGGAAGGGGUGGUCGUGGUCUGCUGCCUCGUGGCCGGCAGAUGCAGAAGACGUUCAACAACAUCAAGAUCACGAUUCUCUGCGGAUUCGUCACCAUCCUCGUCCUACGUGGCACAAUCGGCGUCGGAAACCUCGGAAGCUCGAGCGCCGAUGCGGUUAACCAGAACAUCAUCGAGGAGACUAACCGGAUUCUAGCUGAGAUCCGAUCCGACUCGGAUCCCACCGACUUGGACGAGCCCCAGGAAUCGGAUAUGAACCCUAAUGCGACGUACGUUCUAGGGCCUAAGAUCACGGAUUGGGAUAGUCAACGCAAGGUAUGGCUGAAUCAGAACCCAGAGUUUCCUAGUACUGUCAAUGGCAGAGCUCGAAUCUUGCUCUUGACAGGAUCUCCUCCAAAGCCCUGCGAUAACCCGAUCGGUGACCAUUAUCUGUUGAAAUCGGUGAAGAACAAGAUCGAUUACUGUAGGCUUCACGGGAUAGAGAUUGUGUACAACAUGGCUCAUUUGGAUAAGGAGCUCGCUGGGUACUGGGCGAAACUGCCGAUGAUUAGGAGGCUGUUGCUGUCUCACCCAGAAGUUGAAUGGAUCUGGUGGAUGGACAGUGAUGCUCUGUUCACUGACAUUCUGUUUCAGAUCCCUUUGGCUAGGUACGAGAAGCACAACCUGGUGAUCCACGGCUAUCCGGAUUUGCUGUUCGAUCAGAAGUCGUGGAUUGCUCUCAACACUGGUAGUUUCUUGCUGAGGAAUUGUCAGUGGUCGCUGGAUUUGUUGGAUGCUUGGGCACCGAUGGGACCUAAAGGACCGAUCCGUGAUGAGGCCGGGAAGGUACUGACGGCUUACCUGAAAGGCAGACCGGCUUUCGAAGCGGAUGACCAGUCCGCAUUGAUCUAUCUCUUGCUCUCUCAGAAAGAUACUUGGAUGGAGAAAGUGUUUGUGGAGAAUCAGUACUACUUACACGGGUUUUGGGAAGGUUUGGUUGAUAGGUACGAGGAGAUGGUUGAGAAGUAUCACCCGGGAUUAGGUGAUGAGAGAUGGCCGUUUGUGACCCAUUUCGUUGGGUGCAAGCCGUGCGGUAGCUACGCUGAUUACGCGGUCGAGAGGUGCUUGAAGAGCAUGGAGAGGGCCUUUAACUUUGCAGACAAUCAAGUGCUCAAGCUGUAUGGUUUUAGCCAUAGGGGAUUGUUGAGCCCCAAGAUUAAGAGGAUCAGAAACGAGACGGUCACUCCUUUGGAGUUUGUGGACAAGUUUGAUAUCCGCAGAACGCAAGUGGAAACCAAACCGCAGAACUAG